AACUAAUAAUCUGUUACAGUAAAGAACGGCUACGACUUCGUAAAAAGAAAAGAAUAAAUGAAGUUUCAAUUUUCAAUUCUUUGGUAAUGUAAAAGAACCAUUAGUAUAACGCCGAGGAAGAAGGAUUCAAAGGAACAACUUUUCAUAGAAGAGUUCCGUAGAGAUUCUUCAAAAAUGGUGGAUCCAGUUAUGGCUUCCUCAACCAAGAAACCAAUCUUCAUCGUAGAUCUGUCCGGACAAAACUCCAACCCUAUGAUUCCUGAUUCGUUUGUUUCGAAUCACUUAAAGGGUAAUGUUCAGUCUACGAAACUGAUGAAACUGACUUCAGACGCUUCGGUCAGAACAUGGGAAGUUGAGUUGGACGGUCAAAGGUUCGGCCGCGGUUGGAAACAUUUCUCUGAUCACCACUGUAUCCGAAACGACGACAUUUUGAGCUUCAUGCACGUUGGGGACAUGGUUUUCAACGUUACACCUUUCGGACGCAGUUUCUCUCAGCAGAUUAACUUCAUCUCGUCUACCUCUAAAGCUGAAAAUGAUCGUUCUAAUGAUGAUGAUGAUGAACACAAUAUCUUUGAUGAUGAUGUUUAUGAUGAUGAUGAAGAUGUUGGAGAUGAUGAUGAUGAUGAUGAUGAUGAUGAUGAAGAAUUGUAUCCAGAUAAAACUUUGUCGAAGAAGAGGGCAAGAACAGAAACAGAAUCUUCAUCCGAAAACACUUAUCUUGUUGCGCACGCCACACCUUCAAGCCUAAGUCGAAACCAGAUGUAUCUUCCAAGCAAAUUUGCGAGGGCAAAUGGUCUGAACAACAGACAAUGUGAGAUCGAUCUAAGAAACGAACAUGGAAAGUCUUGGACGCUUGAUCUUACACACCACAAAUCAACUGGUCAAGCAUUUGUCCGUAGUGGCUGGACAAGUUUCUGCAAGGCAAAUGGGAUCAAAGCCGAAUCUUUUCGUAGAUUCAAACUUGUCCAAACCGGAACAAAACCUGUGCUACAGUUGUGUCCCAACACUGAAGGUGGUGAUGAGAUUGAAUCCGAAGACUGCUCAGAGCCUUCUUCAAUGAAUCAGAACAAGAUUGUGGCAUUAGAACUUAAACCUUACAUGCUUAAGUCAGGUCGAGUUCGAGUACCUGCAUUAUUCGGAAGAGCUAACGGGAUCAAUGAAGCGGGAAAGAUAACUAUAGUGAACAAAGAUGGCGUAGAGUGGAAGUUACAUCUAGGUGACAUGAAGGGACGUGAGCUAUUCUACAUUAGAGGUUUAAGAGAUUGUUUUGUAGCCAAUGGCAUAAAGAAAGUUGGUGAUUCCUUCACACUAGAGGCUAUCAGAGGAGGAACUAAUGCUAUUCUCAAGAUCUGCUCCAAGGAAGCAUCAUUUGAUGGCUAUAAGACUCCACAGCCAAGGAUGAUUCAAGCGUCACAAGAUGAAGAAAAAAAGGAAACUAAAGUACAAAAGAAAUCUCGAGUUUCUGCAGUAGGACCAUCUCACCGUACUAGGGCAUCAAACAGAUCAAGUGUUGGUCCAUCAAACUUGCAGCCCAAGCAACCUCCUCAACCUUGCUCUAUCUCUGAUCAAGUAGCAAAGGUGAAGCAGUGUGUCGUGGAUGCUUUAACCGAUGUAAGACAGUUUCGGUCAGAGCUCGAGGUGAAGGAACGUAAUCUAGAAGCUGCGCUGUUGGAAAUUGAUGUAUUAGGGGAAAAGAUAAUGGGAAUCAGCAAACUCUUCAACAUCAAUCAAGUCUAAAGCAUGAGAAGAUCAGAAAAGUUUGGAGGGACAAGAUCAGAAAAUGAACAAUGUGCUUUUUGAUAGGACGAUGGACUUUAGAAAUUCACAUUCUCUUGCGUUUCUACUUUGAGAUUUUUGUUUAGUCAUAAGUAUCUUAUUCAAACCUAAACAAUUUUAAGUUGAUAAAGGGGAUUGAAUGAGUUUUUUUUCUAGUUGUUGCUCAAAAUUAUAUAAUUCGCUAAACUCAUAAUUAAUGUGUGUGUAUAUAUAUAUAUAUCGGACUUUUAUACUUUAGUGGACUUCAUCAUCAAGAGGUGCGAUUUCUGAAUGGAACCGGCUUC